AUGGCUGGUAGUAAAGUUCUUGUCUUAGGCGGUACCGGGCCAGCUGGUAUUUGCGUUGUGCGUGAACUUCUCCAUCGCAAGAUAGGCACAAUCGUGUUUUGUCGAAACCCAAGCAAGGUUCCCGAAGACCUGGCCCCUAAUGCACUGCUUGAGGUUGUGAAGGGAGACUCAAGUGCACACGAUGCCUUGUCGCGAGCUGUCGCCCAAUCGCGCGCUAUUAUCUCUCUGCUCGGGCCAAGUAGUGUCGCACAGCCAAGAAAUGCUUUUGCCGAUUGGUACAGAACAAUUGUUCCCUUGAUGCAGAAGCAUGGUUUAUCUCGUCUUUUUGCUUUAGGAACGAAUGCUAUCCGCCGUGCCGAUGAUCAGACUUCGGUUUCUCGUGCCUUGAUGAAUGGACUUAUCCGGAUCAUCGCAAACAGUGGUUUUCAGAACAUGCUAGCCGUCCAAGAAUACUUCGAAUCUAUCGACCAUUUGGAGGUAGAUUGGACCGUGUUUCGUUUGGGAAUGCUGUUGGGCACGAGCGACGCUGCCGCCUGGUCUAUUGAUCGGGAGAAAGGGUUAGCCUAUGCGGGGCCCGUGGCAGGUGCUGGGUAUACUGGAGGUAUUAAUCGGAGUGUUCUUGCUAGGUGGCUUGUGGACGAAGCCCUAAUAGAGGAGCCUCGAUGGUCUCAUCAAAUGCCAGCUGUUACCAACCGAGGCUAG